GGCAGGGCUCAACCACCGGAAAUGACCAUGGCUGGAGACCUCAUCCUAGGUGGCAUCUUCACCUUUCGCACCGGUUUCAGGGGCCGCAUACCCAGCUUUCAAAGCAUGCCCAGUCCUCCAACGUGCAUGAACAUUAAUGUCAGGGAGUUCAAAUUUGCCCACACAAUGAUCUUCGCAAUCGAAGAAAUAAAUCAAGACCGUACUAUCCUCCCUAACCACAUACUGGGCUACAAGAUUUACAACGCCUGUGGAAUGUCAAGCAUUAUAAAGGCAGCGAUGGACUUGACCAGUGGACAGAGAGAAAUCAUUGAUGAGAAGAACUGCACCAAAUCGGACACUGCGCUAGCUGUGUUGGGCCAUUCUGGCUCCACGCCGACCAUGGGCUUCGCACGAAUCAUAGGGAGCUUCCAGAUUCCAGUGAUAAGCCACUUCGCCACCUGUGCUUGUCUGAGCGAUAGACAGGAGUUCCCAUCCUUCUUCAGGACCAUCCCCAGUGACAACCAUCAGAGCAGAGCCCUGGCAAAGCUGGUCAAACAGUUCGGCUGGACCUGGGUGGGGGCGAUAAGUAGCAGCAAUGACUACGGUGUCAAUGGAAUAAGUGCAUUCAUGCAAGCUGCACGGGCCCAGGGAGUGUGCAUAGAGUAUUACGAGGCAUUUGAGCAAACGGGCCCAAUUCACCAGUUAACAAGAAUAGUUGAGAUCAUCAAGUUCUCAACUUCUAAAGUCGUUGUGGCUUUUAUGACACACCGAGAGAUUAAAGUGCUUGCAGCCGAGCUGUACAAGCAGAACAUCACCGGGCUGCAGUGGGUCGGCAGUGACGCCUGGAUCACAGACCACUCUCUGACUGACAGCGAGGGACACAGCAUUCUGGUGGGAUCCGUAGGCUUCACUGUCAGGGGAGCUCAGAUCCCCGGGCUGAAAGAGCACCUCAGCCAGGUUCACCCGUCCAAGUUCCCCGACAGCCAGUUCGUUAAAGACUUCUGGGAAGACGUGUUUGACUGCUCUCUGAACAGGACAGCGAAGACACUGGCGAGGAAGCCGUGCAGCGGCUCCGAGAGCUUACGAGACGUGGAAUCCCAGUUCACCGACGUCUCCGAGCUGAGGUUCACCAACAACGUGUACAAGUCGGUUUAUGCGGUGGCUCACGCCCUUGACGACCUGUUCAAAUGUGAGGAGGGUCAGGGCCCCUUCUCCAACGGGAGCUGUGCGGAUGCUCAGCAUGUCAAGCCGUGGCAGGUGCUGCAUUAUUUGCAGAACAUGAAUUUCACAACAAGACACGGCGAGAACGUGUUUUUUGACGAGAAUGGGGAUUCACCCGCAAGAUACGAACUCGUCAGCUUACGAAGCAUAACUCCAGCGGCCAUGCGCCUGGCCACCAUCGGCUUCUAUGACGCCACUUUGCCCAGCAAACGUCGGUUCACCAUGAGCGGCGCCGACGUAGUGUGGGGAGGAGGCAGCAAAAUGGUGCCUGUGUCAGUGUGUAGCGGGCGAUGCCGACCAGGAACUCGUAAGGUUUUGCAGAAGGGGAAACCCGUCUGCUGCUACGACUGUGUACCAUGUGCUGACGGAGAAAUCAGCAACACUACGGAUUCAAUGGAGUGCAUCAAAUGUCCCGUGGAAUACUGGCCCAACACCAGAAGAGACGCGUGCCUCUUCAAAGACGUUGAAUUCCUGUCCUAUGCGGAGGGCAUGGGCAUCAUCUUAACUUUCUUUUGUUUGAUGGGCGUGAUUUUAACAGCUUUUGUUGGGAUAGUUUUCUUCAAGUUCCAGCAGACUCCCAUCAUCAGGGCAAAUAACUCUGAGCUGAGCUUCCUGCUGCUCUUCUCUUUGACUCUGUGCUUCCUUUGCUCCCUGACCUUCAUCGGCCGGCCCUCCAAGUGGUCCUGCAUGCUGAGGCACACGGCGUUCGGCAUCACCUUCGUCCUCUGUAUCUCCUGUGUGCUGGGGAAGACCAUAGUGGUGUUGAUGGCCUUCAGGGCCACACUCCCAGGUAGUGAUGUAAUGAAAUGGUUCGGCCCCGCUCAGCAGAGACUCAGCGUCGUGGCUUUCACUCUCGUCCAGGUCCUCAUUUGUAUCCUCUGGUUGACGAUUAGCCCGCCAUUUCCUUUUAAAAACUUUCAACAUUUCCAAGAGAAAAUCAUCCUCGAAUGUGCGCUAGGCUCAGCUGUUGGGUUCUGGGCGGUUCUGGGCUACAUAGGACUCCUGGCCAUCUUGUGUUUUGUGCUGGCCUAUCUGGCCCGAACGCUUCCCAACAACUUCAACGAAGCCAAGUUCAUCACCUUCAGCAUGUUGAUAUUCUGCGCCGUCUGGAUCGCCUUUAUACCGGCAUAUGUCAGCUCCCCCGGGAAGUUCACCGUCGCUGUGGAGAUAUUUGCCAUCCUGGCCUCCAGUUAUGGACUGCUCUUUUGCAUUUUUCUCCCAAAAUGUUACAUCAUACUACUGAAGCCCGAGCAGAAUACCAAAAAACACAUCUUGGGCAAAACAGGUCAUACUGACAGUCAUAAUUAA